AUGUCACUGGGCUAUCAAUCACUAUUUGGUAAUUACAACCGCAACUACCACCACAAUUAUGCUAGGCCGUUUGUUGCUAACAAUGGCAAAAGUUCAAACUCUACGGAUAGAGAUGCUAAUGGUGUCAAGAUUGAUGACUUAGAGGCAAUGCAAACCUCCAAUAUUCAAGCAUUUAGUGAUAUUCAGUCGUCAUCGUCAUCAUUAUCCACACACGGUAUUGCAAAUGAUUUAGAUCCAAAACAAACAGCAACAGCGCAUCAUUUUUCAAACUUGUCACCAACUUCGAAUGAGUCUAAUAUAACUAACAUGUCUGACACUUUUCAAUUGAAUGAUGAAACCUUCUUCAAGAGCAACUACAUGAUAAAUGCAUACAAUCUCGAAGCUGAUGCGCACUUGCAAUCUCCUGGGUUGCAUGCCGAUUUCAAAUUGCAACCACUGAAACUAUUCAACACUUCGAAUUUAGAUGUCGAUUUGCCACAACAGGAGGAGCUUUAUCACUACCAAGGCUAUUACAAUGGUAAACAGCAACGUCAUAACUCAGCACCAAGCUUUAUGCAACAUCAUCAAUACUUGACAGAUUUGUCCUUUGGCACCACUGCCACAACAAAUGAUUUGAACUAUAAACACAAUCAUGAAGAAGAAGUUGCGAGUAACGUGUCAACAAAUUCCUUAAAUCAAUAUUUUGCCACUCCAAACUCAUCAAUAAGCUCGGCUUCAUCAUCCACAUCACAUGCCCUUGCUGCUGGCUCAGCCAUGGGUAUUGACAAACAAAUGGCAACUGAAGGUAACAACCUCAACACAGGCUCAUUGCAAACACAAUUAGCAGCACAGGCACCACCAAAUGUCAAUACCACUACAGUAAGACACACUAGACAAUACUCAAAUACAGUACCAAUUGACCAGUUGACCUCGUUGACUUUGCGAACACCCAGUACCAGUCUGCAACUGGGUCCAUCUCGCAAAAGAUCGCUAAGCUCGAUAGACCACGCACAACAACAACAACAACAACAACAACAAUUGACCAACUUGCCACAACCUGAUUUCAAUCAACAUUUCGCAAAAAAUGGGAACCAUUCACCAUUUUCAACCGACCCAUCCACAAGUUUGAUCAACCUAGAUGCUAAUACUAUAGCUUCUUCUGCGGCCACAGCUGCAGCAGUAUGUGCUGACUCAAUUGCUGAUUUGAAUACUUCAUUCACUGGGCUUGACAAUACAAGUUCCUUUGAUCAACAACAAGGGACCAUCAAUCCACGCCAACUAUUUACUACUAAAUUGACCACAUCAUUCAGUUCCCCGAGUUUAUCAUCAAUGUUUGGCAUAAAGAGGAAUAACCUUCAGCGUUUGCCACAAAAUACCGUGGUUACACAACAGCAUCUACGAGAGUCACUUGUCCUGCCAAAUGAUGUACAAGGCAUGUCGCCUAUGAACCAAUUGGAGCAUUCAGUAUUUCCUACACCACACAAUCGUAGCUUAUCAACAUCAUACUAUGAUUUCAAAACCAAUGCAGACUUACAUGGAGGUGGCACUGCAAGUGAAUCCUUUAAUGUCGAUCUUGUGGGUGCAGAGUUGGAUAUAUCAGAAGCCUUCAAGUCUGCGUAUCCAAAUAGAGGUGGCACUCACAUUUCCAAUGGAUAUAUUGGCAAGAACCGAUCACACUCUCACACCAAUGGAUUGCAUAGUAGUAGACAAGGCAACACACGAAGGAAUUCAUUACAAAUGUCCUCCAAGGGGAAACAAUUUGCUGGACCUUCACCCCAGCAACAAAUCCAUUUCGCUCAUGCAGUUUCACAACAAUUGGAUGAAUUGAAGGAGCAACAAUCAAGUGGAGAUGACAUUCAACAACAAAUGAAACAACAGCCAUUUACUGGAAAUGUUGCUUCGUUGCAACUUUCUCCCACCAGCACAUCCACAAUACCAUCAACGUAUGACGAAAUCAAGGAAGGAGAAGGCUCAGUUGUCGUCACACAACUAACUCAACAAAAGCACAAGAGGAGAAAGAGUUCAGUAUCCAAAUCCAGUAUUCAAGCACAGCAACUGUUAAUUCAAGAUCAAUUGGAUAAGGAGUUUGAAAAUCAAGAAGAACAAGGAUUAUUUAACAAAAACACUUCCACCUCCAAGUCAUUGUCUCCCACUAAUCUUACUCAAGUGAAUCCAUCAAAACAGAGUAUGCAUAGUGUUACCAAACCAAACAAGCGAGCAAGUACCACUGCAACCACGGCCGCAUCGGCUAAUUUACAAGAACUUGACCCCAAAGGUUUACUCUCAGCUCCAGUUGUCCAAAAUGAAAAUGGAUGUUUCUCAUGCCCUGAAUGUGACAAGGAGUUUAAACGCACUGAACAUCUCAAGCGUCACAUUCGAUCAGUACAUUCCAACAUUAGACCGUAUCAUUGUCAUUAUUGCGAACGCAAGUUUUCGCGACUGGAUAAUUUGGCACAGCAUAUCAAGACUCAUUAUAAAGUUGAUGGAAUGGGGAACACUAAUAUUGUUUAUGGUGAUGUGACUACGCUUCAUCGUAGGGAAAAGAAUAAACCGAAGAAAAAGAAGAAGCAAAGUGCUCUAUAG